CUCUAUUUCAUGUGGAUUCCUGUGUUACUUCACAAGUUCAUGUAACCAAUACAAACAAAUCUUGGGUUUUGUUGGGGUUUACAUGGAGAGUGGCUUUUGGGUUUUGUCCUUUGAUCAACACAGUUUGAUAUUAUGAUGAUGAUGAUGAUAUAACACACUUUGAUCAUGGGUUCAUUUCUUUACUAGAUUUUUCUUCGAUUUCUAUGAAAUGAUUCAUUUGGGUUCCUCAGAUUUCGUCUUUGCUGAUGUUUGAUUGUUCAUCAAAUUAAGAAAUUUUCAACAUUGUUCUCUCAAUCUUCUCAUAUAUUCCUUUUCACCUAAGCAAUGAGCAUAGAUAUAAAAGAGAGAUGCUUGUUGUCUACCGUUUUGGUGGUUCCUUCAACUGAUUCCAAGAUGCUGUUUUCCGUUGCAGGUUUUUCUCAAACUCCAACGGUUAAAUAAUUUAAAUUAAUGUAUAGAUAGACAUUACAUAUAUUUAUGUGAUUUCUAUAUUAGGGUUUGGAACUUGAAGCUUUUAAGAGCUUUGGGAAUUUUAGUGGUAUCAAUCUUUAUGCUUUAUAUUAUAAUGAAAAAACAAAGAAACAGAGAGAACAGAGUAAGAGACAGAGAGAGAUUAGGAUAAUAUAUAUAUAGUCAGAUCAGAUUUGUGGUUUGUGGGUGUCUCUGGUUUUGUAAAUUAUUUUAGGGUUCAAUAGUCUGUUGGCAAUGUCUCCUUUGCUGACUGGGUUCCCCCGGGGUCCGUGGGCUUUGCCACCGACCAAGGAAACAACUUCUUCAUUGCCCUCUCUUCCCAUUCAAGUGAAAUCCUAGCUUUCUUUAAAAAAUUGCACAACCCCAUCUCUCUCUCUCUCUCUCAGAUUGAUUUUGCCUCGGUUUUUGUCAUGAUUCGGUCACAUUGCCGCAUAUAUGAUAAUACCUUUCCUAUCUUUGAGAUCCCAUUUCCUUCCCUUGAAGUCCUGCAAAUUGGUCAUAUUCAGAAAUCUGGUCCCCACAGCUCCUGAGGUUUAAUUUCCAUUUUCGGGAGGUUUCGCCUCGAUUGGGGUUAUGUUUGAUCAUUGGGGAUGUGUGGCAGUUAAUCUAGUAGUGAUCAGUUGAGUAGUGAGGAAGGGUUGUUUUGAGUGUGCUUGAGUAGGAGAAGCAAAUCUUUUGAUUGUCAAGAUGAAGUUCAUGAAGCUUGGAUCGAAGCCGGAUUCCUUCCAGAGUGAUGGGGACAAUGUCAGGUUUCCGCAGUUCCCUCUUUUGUCCAAAAGUGCCAGAUUGCAAAAGUCGGUCACAUCCACAGAUGAGGGAAAUGGUGAUGAAGUUGACAUUCAUGAUAUUCCCGGUGGACCCGUUGCCUUUGAAAUAUGUGCCAAGUUCUGUUAUAGCAUGACUGUCACCCUGAAUGCUUAUAACGUCGUUGCAGCUCGUUGUGCAGCUGAAUACCUGGGAAUGCACGAGACAAUCGAGAAGGGGAAUCUCAUCUACAAGGUCGAUGUUUUCCUAAAUUCUAGCCUUUUCCACAGCUGGAAGGACUCCAUAACUGUUCUUCAGACUACCAAGUCUCUAUUACCUUGGUCUGAGGAACUGAAGUUAGUAUGUCACUGUGUCGAUGCUAUAGCUUCCAAGGCCACCGUUGAUGUUUCCAUGGUGGAUUGGUCCUAUACUUAUAACCGGAAAAAGCUCCCGGAGGAAAACGGGAAUGAUCCUAACUGGAACAGUGUCAGAAACCGGAUGGUCCCCAAGGAUUGGUGGGUUGAGGAUUUGUGUGAGCUCGAAGUGGAUUUGUACAAGCAGGUUAUAACUAACAUAAAAAAUAAAGGGAUAAUUUCAGGUGAAGUGUUAGGAGAAACUUUGAAAGCAUACACAUUGAGAAGGUUAUCGGGAUUUAGCAAGGGUAUGAUCCAGUGUGGUGAUAUGCUGAAAGCCCGAUCAAUAGUGGACGUGAUCGUGUGCCUACUGCCUGCGGAGAAAGGCAGCGUUUCUUGUAGUUUCUUGCUUAAAUUGUUAAAAGCGGCUAGUUUGGUGAAUUCUGGGGAAACAGAUAAAAGAGAACUCGUUAGGAGAAUAGGACAGCAAUUGGAGGCGGCUUAUGUGAGUGAUCUUCUGAUACAAGCCCCAGAAGGCGAACCCAUGAUUUAUGAUGUCGAGAUAGUACGCAAAAUACUAGAGGAGUUUAUGACACAAGAUCAGAACGCUGAAAUUCAAUUAGCAGAAAGGCCGGGAAUUUUGACAGAAGCUUCGAAACUUAUGGUGGCAAAGCUGGUUGACGGAUACCUUGUUGAAAUUGCAAAGGAUCCAAACCUGCCUUUAUCAGCAUUCGUUGAUCUUGCUGAGAUGGUGUCUGGUUUCUCUCGACCUGCUCAUGAUAGCCUUUAUCGGGCCAUCGACACAUAUCUCAAGGAACAUCCCGGGAUGAGCAAGAGCGAGAGGAAGAGGAUAUGCAAGCUGAUGGACUGCAAGAAGCUCUCCGUAGAUGCGUGUAUGCACGCAGCACAAAACGAGAGAUUGCCAUUGCGCGUGGUUGUACAAGUCCUCUUUUUUGAGCAAGUCAGGGCUGCCGCAUCAUCAGGAAGCAGCACUCCUGACCUACCUAAAGGCAUUAAGGAUUUGAGCAGUGGGUCCCAUGGGAGCUCAAGGUCUGCGACAACUAACACGGACGAAGAUUGGGAUGCAGUGGCCACAGCUGAGGAGCUCAAGGCCUUGAAAGCGGAGGUAGCUGCCCUGAGACUUGGCAAUGAAAGAAAUGGCGCAGACAUUAGGAUUAAUACCGACAAGGCUGCUAUUAGUAAAAUGAAAGGUAUGCUUAUGUCAAAGAAGAUAUUUUCGAAAAUCUGGUCAGGGAAGGCUGGGCAAGGGGAUAAUAGCGGCUCCGAUUCAUCAGAGAGUCGCGGUUCUGCCCAACCAGAAGAAGCUAAGUCGACGCCUGCGAGAAACUGGAGACAUUCAGUAUCUUAGUAUGAAACAAGUUGAAGAACAUGUAUUCUUGGUGAACUUUUUUUGGGUUUUUUGUUUUUGUUUUUUGGCAUUGACCUGACUUUUGGGAAGUGCAGUAGUACGAAGCAAAUAGUUUGGUAGAACAGAAAUGUUUGAAUUGACUUUCCAGGGAAAUGAAGUUUGAGGGAAAAUGAUUACUUGAGGAAACAUUCAGAUCACACUUUGUUGAAUGUUAUAUUGUUGGUUACUACUGGGACAAUGAAGUCUCAUUCAAAUAGAGAGGGCUUUCAUUCACCAAUAAAAUAAUUUAUUUAUGAAA